AUGUCUGAUGGAUCAGGAGGCCUAAGUUUUGGUAUGAAAUUCGGUAAGAACCUCUGGCCCAAUCAUUCACUGAUCGUUCAUUUCAACAUGAUCUCACUUGAUUUUUGCAUCUCUUUGUCCAAUAUAGAUGAAGCUACAGUAGCAGCGGACCAUUUGACUCCCCAUGUGGCAGAUACAAUCCCAGUCUUGGCGCAAUCUGAGGGAUUGAAUUUGGAACAUCAUGGUCAGCUUUUGUUUCAUCCGACUGGUUCAGUGCCGUCAGACGCUUCAAGCCUGGGCCAACAUAUCAUUGAUUCGGCAUCAAAAUCCACCUCAUCAAUCCCCCCCACCCAAACCCCUGGCCCGCCAACAAAUAUAACCCCCUCUAAGCGAAUUAUCAGUGCUAACCAAACCAAUACAGAAAUCUCUAUUGACACUAUUUCCAAACGAAUUCACACACCUAAUUCUUUGCAUUCUCAAGGGAGGAUUAUAAAUUGCUCGAACUGGUGUCGUCGUUAUACUACAAAUGAAGAUCUAUCCCACCGUAACGACAGAAACCCCUCGCAGCGUCAUUCUACCCGUGAUUCUGAGUCCACCAUCCCCCGCGAUCCUGAGUCCACCAUCCCCCGCGAUCCCGAGUCCAUGAACCCCCGCGAUCCUGAGUCCAUGAACCCCCGUGAUCCUGAGUCCACGAUCCCUACUCAAUCGACUUCUCAGCAUCCAUACAAUCAAAGUGACACGACUCAAGGCGGAAACUUCAAUGCCCGCAUUCAAUUUCACCAAUUCAACCCUACUCUGGCUCAUACCGCGGCGCAUUCUGGUCCACAAGCGUUUGGCUGGCAUCCACAGCAGCUUCCAGCUUAUCCCGUUUCGAUGGAACUCGGACCAACCUAUCCACAUAUCCCUGCCUUUCAGACCAAUCCCAUUUCACACCCACAGGGCUCCGGGCCACCCUUCAUUUUAUUGCCACCACCAUCCAAUUUUAAUCCAUACACUGGGAACAUGCUGGCUCCUCCCUCAACAACAUCUGAAACUCUUGAGAUUGGAAAUCCGACCCGUCGCACAACUUUCAACACUGCAAGAUCUACUGAAAACUCAAGUGACCCAUCACGCACCUCAACUCAACAACAUCAGCCAAGCACCUCAGCCCGUCACCAGUCAUCCUCAGCCUCAAGACACUCUCUAGAGGUACCACAGCCCAUACCACAGCGCUCUCGCUCUCCUACUCAUAGCUUGACUGAAGGUCAAUCAUCGCAACUAUUCAGAAAUUCAUCACGCUCACCAAGCUCAUCAUCACACUCAUCGCGAGCUAUGAGAAGCUCUUCACGUCGCCAUCGGUCUACACAAGCCUCUGCCAAAGCCUCAACAUCACGACGAAGCCCAUCGUCAUCACCACAACCAUCUGAUGUUUCAUCUAGUGAGGAAUCUGAUGAAUCUGACAGCAGCCCCGAAAGCGACCUUGAUAUACAUCAAAGACAGCACCAUCAGCGUAAAUUAGCCCAAUCUCGGGCCAAGAUCACCAAAUCACGACACGAUGGUAUCCGGUUUGAGAAGCUUACUGAAGAUCAAGGACCCUCCAAAAACGAGCAGCUGUCAAUUUGUAUUCAAGACUAUUGUAAACUUCUUCUGGGUGUAACUCGCAAAAUUCGUGGUCAAAAGAGUACAUCAAAACUUCCCAGCCCACCAUCUGAAAAGGAAAUUACUGAAUGGGAGAAACGCAAGAAUGAUCGAAAGUUAAGCAUUAAAGAACGCGUGAAGAAAGAACGAGAAAGGUUUUUAAAAGCUAAAAUUGAUUGA